UACACCAUAAUAUGGCAAUGGCUUCCCUUCUGUAAGCUAAUACAACUGACAUAAUGGCGGAGCCAAGUGCGAGUGAAUCUAGUGCUGAUCUUUCAGAUAGCGAUCAAGAUUUUGAUCCAAGUGCUGAAAUGUUGGUAAAUGACUUUGAUGAUGAAUACACUCUGGAAGAAGAGGAAGCCAUGGAAAGUGCUGAUAGUGUUACAAAUGAGCUGGAUGACUUGCAAAGGGAAGGAGAGAUGCCUUUGAACGAGGUUCUUGCCAUGUAUGGUUACGAAUCUAGUUUGGAAUAUGAUGAUGCUAUUCAAGAAAUUCCUGAACAGGAUAGUGAUUCCUCUCCUUUAGAUUCUCCAGAGCAAAUAAUGGAAAGCCACAGCUCCCCUCAUAGUGUUUUAAAUCAGUCUGUUCACUCACCCGAAUCUGAUAGUUCCCCAUCUGAUGAAAGAAAAAUAGAUGAAGUCAUAGAUUUGGCAUUCCGAGAAACCACUCCUAUUCCUUUGGGUUCUUCAAGGCCACUUUUAAGAUCUGUUCAUCAAGCAAGUGAGUCAUCAGAUACUGGAACUGAUUAUGAUUAUUCACCUGAUGAUGAUUGGCGGAAGACAAUACAAGUAGGAGCAGACUAUCAAGCAGUUAUUCCAGAAGGUCUUUCAAAAUAUGAUGAUGCACCAGCAUAUGAAAAUGAAGAUCGGCUGUUAUGGGAUCCAUCGCAAAUGACAGAUGACGAAGUGAAAGAAUACUUAUUGCAAUCUCGUCAAUCAAAGAACCCAAAUGCAGCUGGAGUAAAUGCUUUGCCUACAGGAUGUCAUGUGCGAGAUGAUGAACAAGCAUUAUUUUUGUUACUUCAAUGUGGAUACAAUAAAGAAGAAGCUCUACGCCGAAGACGCAUGCAGCCAUUACCUCCUGCUGUAUGUUUUCCUUUUAAAGAUACUAUGAGUUUAUGGUCUGAAGAUGAAUGUCGAAGCUUUGAAACUGGUCUGAAAGCUUAUGGAAAAGAUUUUCAUUUAAUACAAAUGAACAAGGUGAGAACAAGAGCUGUAAGUGAGCUCGUUCAGUUUUAUUACUUGUGGAAAAAAACAGAAAGACAUGAUGUGUUUGUCAGUAAAAACAGAAUUGAAAAGAAAAAAUAUGCGCUGCAUCCAGGAACAACAGAUUACAUGGAUAGGUUCAUGGAUGAACAGGAAAAUCCACAGAAUGUACGAGAUCGAUCAUCGAGUCCUACUUCACAUCUACCCAUGUUUGAAGAAAUCAAAAAGCUUACCCCUCUUACCAGCCCAGAGACAAAUGCUGAUAGCUCUACUCCUGAACUUAGCAUACAUGGUUUUGAUAUAAUGGAUGGCCCUUCAAGUACCAGUACUUAUAGCAAUGGCGCCCUGAGUACCAUUGUAGAGCAAGAGAACUCGCCUAACAAAAGUCAGUCAGGUAUCCCUAGUGAUUGUAGUAGGGAUUACAUGAAUGGUGAUGAUAAAGUCACUAGCACAACACCAGCAUUACCUAAAGAAAAUGUAAUCUGUCUUAAUCUGGAAACUCUAGCUGUUGUAAGUGAAAGUAUGACAAACCAAACAGAAUCAGAGAAAAGUAUACAGAUAAAUCCGCCCAGUGAUGUUAGUUGUUCUCACAUUUUGAAUGAUAUUGCAAGAUUUCAUGAGGGUUGCAAUUUCAGGUUUGAUUAUGGAAAAGAUAGUGUCUCUAUUGAUUGAGCACAAUUCAUCCAUGUAAUUAUUCAUGUUCAAAAAAAAAAUAUCUUUUUUCACUGACCAGAGUAUUGGAGAUUUUGCAUAAAUCAUACAGUCUUUAAUCUAAGUUUUAUACAUUAGAAUCUGUAAACUAUUUGUAUUGUGAAGAGUUUAUACAUAUUAAUAUAUAAAUGAGUGCUAAUUUCCUCUUGGAAAACCAUUUGUUAUGCAUUUCCAAUCUUUAAUGCAAUUGUUACGUUUCAAGCUCUUCAUGAGUGUUUUACUUAUUUUUUCAAUAAAAAUUUAACUCUGUAUUUUUUUUUUUUAAAAUCUUGACCUAGGCACUCAUUUCACUUCAAGUAUAUGUAAUUAUUAUAUGGUACUUUUUUAAAGUCAAAUACUCUAAAGAUUCAAUUAUACUUAUGGGUAUACAUGUUGCUCAUAUCUCAUUGGUACCUUGUGUUGUAAUAUGUGUAGUCAGAUCAAUGAAUUAGGUAUAUGUAAUUUGUGAUAUUUGUCGUUUUGUGAAUUUAAAAAGUGAAAAAUGUGGCCAUUUGGUGUUAUGUCAGUUCAAUAUCUGCUAAAAAUGUUCUCAAUGUUUCUUUCUCCCUGCAUUCUGAAACUUUGAUCAAGUCUUGUAACUUUUAAAAACAUUUUUGUGAAGGUUGUUAUCUGUGAUAAUAUACCUUUUUUUAUUUCUAGGAAUACUAAUCUUAUUUUUGAAUAAUUGACUUACUGAAAGAAAUUAAAAAUACUUCAACAGCAUGCCAUUGUAAUUUUUAAGUAAUAUUAUAUCUGUUUAUUACCUUCAUAACAUUAUAAAGUUAAACUUUUAUGUCAUGUGUGUACAAAUUUUUUGAUUCUGAUUAUCGUUAGUAUUGUCAGUAGUGUUUUCUUUUGUAUGUGUGUGUAUGUCAUUUACUUUUUACUAGACUUAGAUAGAGAUAAAUCCAUGUGUAUGGGAUCAAAAUAUUAUAAAUACCUGUGCUGUUAAGAAUUUUAAUAAAAUUCUUAGUUUAAUUUUCAAGCUGCUUGUUAAAAAGUAAUUUUCUCUUUACUUAAAUUAAAAUGCAUAUAAAUUAAUCUUCAGCAAUGCAAACAAUUAUUAUUAUUUCCAUUGUGAAGUUAUAUACAUUUAAUUAGUUACACAAAAUUAAAAACUGAAGUUGUUCUGUGCGCCACUAUUGAACAAGAUUUUUAUAUGUAAAACAGACUGUUGUAUAGUAAUUAAUUCUAUUAAAACUGUAUAGUUUAUACCUGAAUGUUUGGAUUGUUUACAUUUCCUAAAGAUUUUGUUGAAAGAUCAUUUUUUAAUUCAUUAAAAUAAAGCAGUUUGCCUACAUAUUUUUUCAUUUAUUAAAAUAGAAAUCCUUCAUUAAUGCAUAAAAGGUGAUUGAACACUGGUCUUUUGUGAUUUUUUUUAAAGAAACAUGCUGUUUUUGCAUAUAAUUCAUGUAAUUGUUAAUUGAAGAUAACAAGGUUUUGUAUCUAGUUUAUUAUGAAACUGAUAUUUAUUAAUUUUCCUCACAGGCAUUAUAUUUAGAGCUUUCCUGUUAAUUUUGUAAUUUAAUUAUUCUUGGAAUAUUUAUUUUUACUGCUGGUAUGUAUUUUACAAUUAUAUGACAUGGAGUUCUAUAAAGAAAGUUUGGCAAUUUACGUUAAAAAGAAUAUUCUAAUGUGUUUUUAUUUAUUUUGUUAUCAGCAAACACUUUGAUAUGUUCGCAUUAUGAUAUGAAUAUUUAAUGAAUUAUUGAUUUAUUUUUCAAAACUGAUUAUUUAAAGAGGUAGGUAGCUGUAUAUAGUAUAGUUCAGAAAUAUUCAUUACCUUUUUUCCCUCUGAAGUUUAUGCUGAUGUAUUCGGUCUUAUUGACAAUGGGUUUCCAUAAUGAACGAUUCAUUCCGAAUGUUUUCUUUCACUUCUAAAAGUUUGCUUCGUGUGUGUUUGUAACGUGAUUUUGCAAGUAAUUUAUUCAGAUUUAUAAAAUGUCAGAAAGGUUAUAUAUAUCCAUAUUGUAAUAUGGGUAUUUUUGAAAAUGAAAUAUAAUUUAGCAUUUUUUUUUUUUUUUAAUCAAAUGGUGGUUCAAGAAAUCUGACUUUUUUUUUUUUUUUUUUUUUUUUGUCCAUAAGUGAAGAAAAGUUUGGUAAAUGUUAAAUAUCAUGUAGAAAUAUUUAGCAGUCAUCUUCUUGUAUUAUCAAUAUAUAUGUAAAAGUGAUCAAAUCAAAGGAAGAAUAAGUUGCUGUGUUCAUUUUGUUUUUAUUUCAUCUCUGUAACAGAAAAAAUCACGCAUAAUCAAUAAAGAUACAGCAUAUAUUAUUUACUGAUUACGUUUUUGUAUUAAUAAUUUUUCCUGUGACACAGCUGACAUUAUAUAACAACUUAAAUAUGCUCCCAUUCACCCCCUUUUCUUUUUGUGCUGUAGUUGCAAAAUUGUUUAGUAUCUUUAACCCAUCCUUUGUGUAUUGAAUCGUUUUUCUCCUAAUACAUUAUAAAAUAUUUUUAGAUUAUUUUAUUUGGAAAGCUCGUGCAUUUUAUUAUUAAGUUCAUACACUAAAUGGAAGAAAGAUUAACUACCUCUUGUGUUGCAUUAAGAAACUGUUCUAGGUUAUCUGUUAUAUAUAUUCGUUGUUAUGAUUUAUUUAUUGUAAUUACCUUAUAUUUUAUAUAAGUAGUGUUGGAAGAUGGUGCACAAUGGAUAUUGCUUGCUGUUUUGUUUCAAUUAUUUUGUGCUUUUUGCAUUUGAUUAUUAAAAAUUGUAUAUAAUUUUAUUCUGAUCUUAUAUAUAUUUCUGUGUUAAAUUUAUGACAUUUGGCAUAGUUAUCUUUUCUUUUUUUUUUGUAUGGCAUUUUUAUAUUUGACUUAUGACUCCUAUAGAAAAUAUUUUUCUAGAAUUAUGAUUCUAAAUAUUGUAUAUUGGUACUAAUUAUUGAAGUGUAUUUAAUAUUAUAAUUUUAAAAACAUUGCUUAUUUUGAUAUUCUAAGCAUUUAAGAGUUCGUCAUUUGCUAUGACUAAAAGCAACUUGCAUGAAUGAAUUUAUUGUAAGUUUUAUUCAUUAAGGAAAUUAUUGUUUUGCAGUAUAUGUUUGCGGAGUCAGAGCGCAAAAGACAAAAGAGGAUAAAUGUUAACUUUUUAUUAGUAAUUUUUUGGGUAAUAUUGUAAUUACUAUAUUAUGUAUGUUUCGAAGCUUUUAUUUAGUUUUAUUUAUUUGUAUUUUAUAUUUUUGUUUAUAAAAACGACUUUACUUUUAUUUCAGUCAGAUUACUAUUAUAUUUUUAUGAUGCAUUUAAUAAUGCUCACUUUUAAUAAUACAGUACGCUCUCGAUUAUCCGGCCUAAUGUGGCGAAAGGACAGGCCGGAUAACCAAAAAAAAAAAAAGAAAAAAAGCUGGAGUUCUUUUUUUUUUUUUUUUUUUUGACCCACAAUACCAGAAGACAAAGUUUUUAUACCAAAACUCAAGAUACGUAUUUUUUCACUUCUUAUUGAGCACUAAGCCCUCCAUUCAUCCCAAGCUGCGUAGAAUGUGAAUGCGGCCCCGGUGAAACAUAGAAGCAGUUGCCACUAACGUGUCGAGUUAAAAUGAAAGGUUCUGUACUAGUAGUUUAUACAUGUUUAUAUACUGCAUUGCAAGAAUUUAUUAGAGAGAAAGUAAGUUAAAGGAUAUAAACUUCACAUUUUAACAUGAAUUCUGUACGUACUGUGCAGUUAUAAUCAGGAGCAGCGGCAACAAAUGAGGUCCGUUGCACACAGACGAAACAAUGAACAACGAGUAGAGUACUACUCUUUUCUCGUUACAAUUUGUAUUUUACAUUCGGCACGUAGGAGGUUCAAAGCAGACGGCCACUUCCAAUGCCUUUGCAAUGUUGCAAGUGCUAUGCCUUGCCUUCCUUAAUUACGAUAAAGAAAACUAGACCGGACAGUACGGAAGCCAGAUACUCGGGAAUGUACUGUAUGUUUAAAUUUUCCAAAGAAAAUUUUUUCAUAAUGAAUGAAAAUUUUUAUUGAUGAAUUCUUGUUUUUGUGUUUAUUAUACCUGAAAUACUUUUAUUUAACUACAUUUUUCUGAUGUUUCAAUAAGUUUCACUAAAACAGAAACUGAAGGUAAGAAAUUUAUUUUUCUCACUCAAAAUCGAGUUAAUGCAUUAACCCUGCUGUUCUGUUCGUAUUUACUUCAUGUAUGUAGCGUCCGGGUCAAUAUGACCCGACUCGGAAAACUAACCUUUCUUGCAGUAAUUGAUAGGUACCAUUUAAAAAAUAGUUUAAACAAUAGUAAUAUAAAAAUAGAUCUAAUAAUAUAAAGCAGCUAUAAAAAUAACAAAAAAUAUUUGAAAUUGAAACUCACAAUAAUAUAAAGCAUCUAUAAAAAAAUAACAGAAAAGUAUUCGAAAUUGAAACUUACUUUUAUUUACAAUUUGAACAAUAAUAUUUUACAUGAGAUUUGCAAAUGUGAUUCUUACAAUUGCAGCAUAACAUAUUAGUUUUACUGUCAUUGCUUCACGGACAAAGCUUACACCUUGCACGUUUGAAACACAAUGAAGCAUUCUCAGCAGAUCGCCGUGGUACGUUUUACCUUUUUCUCUGUAUUCGUUUCACUAUUUUUAUUGAGCCCUCACUACUUGGUAUGUGUGGCCUUGCUUCAAUGUGUGGAAAAAUGAGGGAUUUUUCCAGUUCUUCCGAAGAUAGCCUUCGUUUAGUCGAUUUGUUUUCGUUCCAUUCACUAUGUAUUGAAGUCCGUAGAAGAAAUGCAUUGUCAAUAGCAAGCAUGUUAUAGAAUACUAUCAUGGGUCAGCGAUUUUUUUUUUUUUUUUUUUUUUUUUUUUUUUUUUUUUUACGAGCGUAUGUGUUUAAAAGUUGAUUAAGAGUAUCCACAGCCUCUUUAGUUGAAUUAUAAUCCCUAUAGCCCCUUUAAUAAAAAUAAUUUAUAAAUUAUAGCCCCUUGAGUUAUUAUAAGAUCAUAAGUAGUUUUUGUCAGUUCUGUUGCUAACUUCUUUGUCAUGAUGCAAGUGCUCAUAAGAAUAACAUUCUUGUUCUUUUUUGGGAUGUAAUUUACCAUUGUUGUGUCUUCUGUAAAAUAAAAUAAUGAGCUGUGAACUUCUUUGUUUGGCAUUUGUUCAGGAAGUUCUGAUUUAUUUUUUCUAAUGGUGCCAAGCAUAGUCAUUUUCCGUUUUAGAAAAGUUGCCCUAAGUUGUAAAAUGAGAAAAAAUUAUCACAUGUAAUAUUGUGAUCCUUGCCGUUGCAUAUCUUGUGACCCCCAGGAGUAGUUUUUAUAAUAUUAGCAGCUUUUGAUUGAGAAGAUUGUGGCAACGGAUCCAACUUCCACUUUAUUUCACGAUUCUUGGACUGAACACUCCCUUUAUAGUUCAUUUGUUGAAUAUCGGUAUCAAAAUCAUUGUCAGAACUUUCAUUUUCAUCACUUGUAUGCUUUUCAUACACCGAUACUUCUUCUUCGCUGCCAGAAGCUUCUAUUAGUUUAGCUAUAUCAGCGUGAUUCAAAUUUCUGCGAUUCGCCAAUUUUUCUCACAUUCGCAGGCACAACUCUUUUUACAGUAAUAUCGGAAAGUAAAAUCCAGCAGAAAAAAAGAAACGUUGCAGUGAGAGCAAAGAGAUUGGCCCCCUGCCAAUCAUAUCAACUUUUGGACUUUGCGCUCUCUUGUCAUGUGACCAAACACAUAUAUCAACGAAACAGGUUUCGAAAACGGAUAAAUUAGAGAAACUAUUGUUAUUCCUUUCUUUUGAAUUAUCCCAAAUAAAAGUGAACAUGUAUAAGUAAAUGUAAAUUAUUAUUAUUAUUUGCAUUGGGCCAUAUUGAUCCGAACGAUAUAUUAGGUAUAAAUGGAAGAAUCUUCCUUCGAAAUAAGAAUAAACCUAAAUCCUUCUAGGAGUACAUAUUUAUAUUAUUUACUAAAGAUGUCAAGAAGUUUCAUGAAAAUAUCCCUGUACUAUAUAUUUUUACGAAGGUAUAAAUUUUAUUUCGGGUCACAUAGAACCGAACAGAACAGCAUAGUUAAUUAACUGCAUUUUAUUCAAAAUUUUAAAUGUCUUGAGUAUUAAUAAUGAAUACCCAUUGAGAAGUCACUGGGAAUAAGUUAACAAUUUUGGAAUAUAUGAGAUAUAUUCCAAAAUUAUAUUUUGGAAUCUCAUUACCUUUUCAUUAGCAUUUUCAAAGAAUUGAAGUUGAGAAUUUAUUGUAAAUUCAGCAGUCUUGAAAGUUACCAUGUAAUCUUUACUCAUGUAAUUAAUGCAUGUGGAGAUCUUCAUUAUUUAAUUUAAUGCUUUGUAACAGAUCAGAUAUUUUUGAAUUGCUGGAGCACUAAUUUAUGUGUAGAUUUUUUUUUUUUUUUUCACAUCUUAAAAUUAAUAAUGUCCCAAGUAUCUCGUAUAAUCUUAGUUUUUAGAUUCAUAAAUAUGUUUGAGUUUGUCGGUACAAUUGUAAUAAUUCAAUAUAAUGUUUCACCUAUGGUACAAGUUCUAGGCCAAGGGUGGCGAACCUUUAUGGAUCAACGUGUAAAUUUUUUCUAAAGAAAUGUUUAACGAGGUAUAGACGUGCCGUCAAAUAAUUUUGACGUGAUUAUUGGGAAAAUAAUAAAACUAAAUACUGGCAACUCUUUAUUUACUACGAAAAAAAAAUACACUUUGCACUGUAUAGUAGUAAAGGUUUUAGUUAUACGUGUAAUUCAAAUUAAAGUAACAUUAGUGUGACAUUUUUUGUUGUAGAUUAGAUGACAACUUAUAUUAGGAUUGCAAGAUGUUACUUUUCGCAGAGUGCAUGCUGAAUUUGAGGUUUCCAAGUGAGUCUAAUGUUAUUUAUCUCUGAAAAUAAUGACUCGCAGGCAUAAAUAGAUGAAAAUAUGGUUAAAAUAGCACGAGUCAGCUUCUUCAAACCGUUAAAUGUGUCUGGAAUCGAAUUCCAUGUUUCCAAAAUUUCGUUACUGGCAUAUUUACUUAUAUUGCUUGUUAAUGUUUCUGUUUUAGUCAAUUCCAACUUUUUCCUUGUUUCAAUAAAUUUUUGAAUCCAUAUUGAACUAGACUGGAAAUCAAUCUGUUGCAUUUCAAAUUCUUCAAUUUCCAACCAAUCGAAUUGGGACAAGUUCAGUUUAUUAAAUGAAGUCACAUCAGGCAGGAUACAUGAUAAACUUGAGCGUUUCCGAUAAAUCUUUGAACUGAGAAAAUCUGGAUGAAAUUUCCUUGAUUGAGGAAUCAAUUACGGAAAUAAAUUCUUCUAUAACUUUUUCUUCGUCUGGUUUUUUAUGUAAAUCUAAAUCUUUGAUAUAUAUAUAAUAUAUUCUAAUUUAGGAAAUAUUUGUAGGUUUUCGUAAUAAUAUUGCUUCUAAAACAUGCAAUCUAGCGUCAAAAGCGCGAAUGAGAUCCAUCAUGACGAUAAUUGUUUUAUUUGUACCUUGAAUAAAUUGUUUUAUUUGUACCUUUUACGUUCCAUUCAUUGAAAUGUUGGCAUAUGUCUGUAAAAACAUCAAUUUUGAGAGCCACAUAACAUCCAACAACUGUGGAUAUUGUUGCAUUUCCCCCUCCUUUUGCAGAAACAGUCUUGAUUUCUUCCAAGCAGUCAACAAAUCCUUGAAGCACGUUUCCGCGGCUCAAUCAGCGAACAUUAUUACACAUUAGCAAGCCAUUAUACAUCUAGUUGACUUCAUCCAACAAAACCUGCGACGAUAUGAGGCUGACCAUUUUUGUGACUAACGCCAUUACGUUAUCAAGAGAUGUUAGAACACAAGGCUUGUUAGUGAAUAAUGCAGUGGAGUUCAAGAAUCGAAUAUCCUACGUCUGUUUGAAAUAAACUAAUGAACCCCCCCCCCCUUUUUUUUGCCCACCAUAUUUGGAGCACCAUCAAUUAUUUAAACAAUUCUUUUCAGAUCAAUUUUUAACAGCUGUACAAAUAUCUGUGCCCUUUUUAAAGUGGAAUGGGAACACUCGCGUUUGUUUGUAAUACUUCAUAGUCAACUUUGUUAUUUUGAACUAAAAUGCAAACCGUUUUGAUCGGCGGCGUGCCCAAAAUAUUGUGUCGCGUGCCAAUGGUUCGCCAUCCCUGUUCUAGGCCAACAAAAUAUUUUUUUUUACCUGCGUUAUUAUUAUUUCAUUUAUUGUUAUUGAGAAGGCAUAACCAUGUUUAAAAAAAUUGAAGCAACACAUAGUUUGUUAAAUUCAUCUGGAUAAUCAUUUGUAUAUGAUUAUAAAAGGGUACUUGGUUUUUGUCAGUGGUAAUGAAGCGAUGAACUGCACAAGAGUAUUUUAUCUGUACCUUCUAAUUAACUACUGUUAUGAAAGAAAAAAAAUGUUAGUACUUAUUAUUAGUAUAAAUUUACUAUGAUUUUAAAGCAUGUUUGGCCAUCAGUAAAUAUAAGUUUGUGAAACGAUAUAGGAAUAUAUGUAGUUAUAAAUGAAAUUUCUAGGGAUAUUAAUUCAAAUAGAGGAAAUGUAUUUAUGGUGUGAUCGGAAAUAAGCAACAUUGAAUUUUGCUGUAAAAAUUAUAACUCAUUCAUCAAAAACGGGAAGUAUUGAUGUAUUUGUUUUUAGUUAGCCGUGAAGUGGGUUGAAUAUUAAGAGUACUAAAAUUAAAUUUGACAAAAAAUCUUUCAGUGUUGAAAAUUCAAAGAUACUCUGAAAUGAGUAAAAAUAUUUUUUUAAAGUACUGAUAAUUUUACGAAACAACUUUUUUAAUUUUAAGUUAAAUAAGAGAUUUCCAAGUUGAUCAUAUAAAGCUAAUUACUUUAAAUUUUCAGUUUAAUUGCAGAAUAUAUUUAUUCCAUUAGAAAGAGUACUUAAUAGAUUAAAAGAACCAGAGUGAAAAAUCAUUACCUACAGAUAUUUUAUUUGUAGGUUUUGUUCCCGCAUAAUAACUGCUAUCAUUAAAUUUACCUCACCUUUGUUGAUUUUUCUUUUCAUUUAGGCAAGAAUAUCAAUAAAAAAAUAUUUAUAAACUUUUCUUCAUACUUGCUUUGUUUCAUGCAUCAGAAUCUUUUGAAACAUCAAGAGGGCAUUUGACAAAUACUCCUUCGCUUUUUUCAACAGUUGUUUAUAUCGCUUUUCAUUUUGAUACUCAUCAUUAAUUCAGUUAAAGAUAUAAAAUACAUUUAAAAGUUGAAUUUAAAUGUAUUUUAUAAUGCUUUGAGUGCCAAUUUUUAUAUUGGUUAAACUUCUGAAAUUCAGAAACAUUAAAUUAUGGCUUAUGUUUAUAGUAGAGAAUCGGACUUUUUUCAGUGAAUAAGGAAAGAUAAGUUGAAUCUUACUAGCUUUAUUUUGAUCUUAAAGCUAUUUAGCAUGCUAAGUAAAUUUUCUUAUAAUGAAUUCAUUAUAAUAUUUUUCACAUAUGUAAACUUUUGUAUCAAAUAUUUAAUGAAUUAUGUAUUUGUUGUAAUGUGUUGUGUCUACUAGAUGUUAUUCUUGUAAAAUAAACGUAUUUUUUUUGUA